UCGCUAUCAGUCUCGCCAUUCGGUCAGAUCUUGCUCCAGUAGAUAGUGGUGGCCGCGCCGCGUCUUAUCAAAUCUCGCGAACUUAAAAGUGAAUGAAGCGCUCAACUGAAAAAUCCCCAGCUGCUGGCUCCUCCAAUCGAACCGGCCGGCUGUUCGGCUGGAAAAGGUUAAUGAACUCUCACAAACAUUCAACCCUUAUUUAGAGAAUCGAAUCAAGAUGAUCUUCCGCUUACCGGUGAUCGUACCGGUGAUUCUGCUCUGACAUCUUCCAAUCGAUUGCUAUCCAGAAGGCGUACCAAAGUGAAAUAUGAACAUAGUCUGGAAUUGGUUUGCUUUCUCUUACCGCAGAUUGACGAAGGCGGUCAAUUUCAAACCAAUCCCGAACAAGUGGUCAACCAAAUGGACGGUAGUUAGGAGAUCGAUCUACAGCGGCAAACGCCAGGAGCAGCAGCAGCAGCAGCAUCAGAACCAGCAACAGCAACAACAACAGAGUUCCAAAGGUAAAUUUGUUAAAAAUCGAAGAAAAUGGAGUUGGAAGGCAGGAGCCGGUUGGACUAUAUUAUCCGUUUUGGAUUGGUGGUUACUAGCUGGUUGGCUGACAUGGCGGGGUGUGGUACUUCGGUGGACUCCCCUGGGUAUCUGUAUGGUGGCCGCCGUUCAGUGGCACCUGCACAACCGGAACCUGGACAGUCAGGGCUUACCCCGGACGGCCGCACCGUGGCAGAUGAACGUAUACUGCUCUCUGCCGCUGCGAUUGAUGAGCCGCUGCUGGGGCUGGCUGGCCGAUUGCCGAAUUCCGACGCCUGCCCGGCCCCUGGUCUACGGGCUGUACUCGUCCGCAUUUGGGGUCAAUCUGGAGGAAGCCGCAUCGUCCGAUUUCAAAAACUACCGUAGUUUAGCGGAAUUUUUCACACGUUCCCUCAAGACCGAUGUCCGGUUGAUUGACUCCGAAAGUUGCAUCGUGUCUCCGUGUGAUGGACGUGUUCUUCAUUUUGGUCCGGCUACCAACAGCCAAAUCGAGCAGGUCAAAGGUGUCUCGUAUAGUCUGGAAGCAUUCCUUGGGCCACCCACCUGGUGUGGCCAGGACAAGGACAGCCAAAGCAUCGUGGACAAGGUCAAGAAAAAGGACCCGGAAAAUAUGCUGUACCAGUGCAUUAUCUAUCUAGCUCCCGGUGAUUAUCAUCGGUUCCAUUCUCCGGCCGAAUGGAAACCGGAACUACGGCGACACUUCUCCGGGGAGCUGUUAUCAGUGAGUCCCAAAAUUGCCAAAUGGAUGCCCGGACUUUUCUGUCUAAACGAGCGUGCCCUGUACAUUGGCAAAUGGAAGCAUGGAUUCUUCAGCUUCACAGCCGUCGGUAGGUAGUCUUUCUUAACGCUACAAAAUUAGAGUAAAGCAAAAAAACCCGGAUCUAAGUUGUAAUCAAUCGAAGUUGGGCCCCAAGCAAACCGU